AUGCUAAAACACUACUUAAUUACAGUUAGUUUAAUAGAUCUUGGUUCUGUAGUUGAAGAAUUUCAAUAUAGGCCAUAUUCUCAUUGUUGGUGGAAAAUAUCAACAGACAAAGAAAAUGUCUCUUUCUUUCCCCUUCGUAUUGGUCAAAAAACCAAAACCUGCCUUAAUAAUCACGAUUUUUUUGUAACUAUUGUUGUUGGUAAUAAAAAUGAUAUUGCAGCUCCUGAAAUAGGAGUUUCUUCUCAAGUAAAUUGGCUUAACGCUGGUCCUGAAAACAAAUCAUUUUUCAUGCACAAAUUUAAUGGCGAUAAACAAGCAAUUUAUGUGUCUAAAAUUGAGGAAGAUAAUGUGUUCUUGAAAUUUAUCAGGAUAACCAAAUGA